AUGGUGGCCGAGGAACAUGUCGCGUCAUCAAAAUCAAAUCUUAGUUUUUCAUUUGAGGUUUCUGAUGAUGAUGGUGAUGAUGAUGAUGAGGAUGUUCUUGUGUUUGAACCAUCGAAGGAUCCAGUCAAUGAGCUUGUGAUUUCUCCAGCCGAGACAGAGAAAGAAAUCAACUCAACUGUGAGGAAGCCUCCCCAAGGAGUUCCUGUUACUACUGAGUCUCCAUCUGGGAGUGAUAAAGACGAUUCAAAUUCCUUCAUGAUGCCAAGAAAGCAAAGACGUAGAGAUCCAAGUUCGGGAGUGCUUAUUACUGAACCAGUACAACAACCAACUUCAAAUGUUGAACCAGCCCAGGUUAAUCAAUAUGAUCAAAGCCCAAUUUUUGACAAAGACUUCUUAGCUAAUGAGGAAACUUUUUCCUCGGGAAGCUCUUCUGCCCCACCACCUCUAGAGCACGAUUAUGCAUCUGUCAAUUUAGCCAAGCUACUUGCUUUUCAAGAGUCUAUUCCUCAUUCAAGAGGAAAGGGAAUAUCUAUUGGCUCAGGGGAAGGAGGUGAUGAAGACUCUCAACAAACCAUUUUUGAGCUCAAACAAGAUAUCAUAAUUUUGAAGCAGAAGUCCAUUGAGAAGGACUUGCUGAUUGGAAAGUUGGAUGUGAGAGUUUAUGAGCUUGAAAAGGAAAUUCUUAAAAGAGUAAGCAAAUCUCAGAUCUUCAAGCCAAUCUUGGUGGGCUGA